AUGGAGGAUUCGGGUGACGGACCGAGGCAGAAGGAGGAAACAACAACAACAACAACAGAAGCAGCAGCAGCGCGGACCGAGGGCGAAGAGGCGUUGGGGCAACAACCGUCGCUGUUGACAACACUGGGUGGGUUCUUUCAGCGCACGACAGACACCGACGCCGAGCGGAUGGCAGAUGCAGCAGCACAGGAUGCCGGGUGGCAGAUUCCGUGGCCACGCCUACAAAUGAUGUCGCAGUCGCCUGAUCUCGUGGCCACGCCCGCGACAACAAGCGAGGAGCCAGGCAGGCAACCAGCCCGGACAGUGUCGAGUCAGGCAAGGAAGAGCGCCUGGACGCAGCUGCAGAAGCUCGUGUCCGAAGUAACCGAGGUGUUUGGCGGCUCCUCGUCGAGGGCGGACGGCGAGAAGAGCGAGGAUUCCGGAAUGCUGGCAGAGCACAGGAGGGCGAACGUGGGCGACCUGAUGCUGGACGACGAGGAGCAGUUUCAUGGAAUGGGCGAGAUCCAGGCUGCUUCAGUUCACGGGUUUGCGCCGUCGUUUGUCGGCGGCAGUGCUACUACAGCAGCCAGCAGUAACCGCCGGCUGAGCGAGACCGCGGGCCAGCAGGGCGGCAUGCACCUUGCAGCGAUUGGGUUUGCACGGAGCCACCCACUGAUGGCGCUGGUGCUGGCGUGGCUGGCGAUGGUGUUUGCCGACUGGUUCCUGACCAGCGCUGCAGUGCCCAAGCUGGUGUCGUGGGUGACGGCGCGGCCGUGGUCGCCGUUCUCUGAGUCGUUUGUAUUGCGGGCUUCCGUGAUGCUUCCGGAGCUGGUGGAUGAUGACAGCAGUUUGCGCAUGCUCCUGCGACGGCGAAUACUGAGCAGCGAGCUGUGGAUCGACGAUUUUGUGUGGCGCAUGCAAAUGUACGUAUCUGGCACAUUGGUGCCGAUGACGCGACCGUAUGCCGUGCAAUGGCUGUUCUUUGGGCUGUUCUCGCUCAAGGUCCUGAAGCGGUGCUCGGCAGCUGGCUACCGUGCGGUUCUGGUGUACGCGGGGUUCUUUGUCAUGUCGGAUAUGGUGCUGUGGCGCUUGCUAGGCCCCGGAUCGGUUGGCAGCAGCCAGUAUUUUGCCGAGCAGCAUCUGGCAGCGUAUACAGCGCCCUCAUAUGAGUGUCGGGAUGACGUGUGUCGAGUGGCUACUGGGAUUACAACACCACCGCCAUUGAUGGUCCCAACGCUCUCUAUAGACCACCAGGCCGACACGCUUAUUUGCUCCGGCUCAUGGGAUAGAUUUGGACUAUGCUCAACCACCGGUGCCACCGACGCAAGCCCUGGCAAACUCGAUGCAGAGUCAGUGGAUACAGUCCAAGAAAGUGCUGAUAGUGGGUUGCCGCGUAACAUCCGGUCGCCGUUUGCCAAUGCAGUGGAGGAGGCCUUGGAACGCAAGCGGGCGAUGGUAAUGCGGCGUAGCGAGCGGAUGCGGCGACUGCAUGAAUGGAAAAUGACCAUGCUCUCUGGCAAUGACGACGACGACGACGACGACACUGGAGAGAUUUCGCAGGCGCGCAAUGGCUCGCGGCUGCUGCCAGUGCUGGCAACGCUCUCCGUGUAUGUGGUGCUGGUGUGGCAGGCGCGCGGGCCGUCGUGGCAGGCAGUGCAGUUAGUGGCGGUUCUCCUGAUGCUUGACAUGGCUCUGCGCAACGGCCACAGCUCGCUGGGCGGCUGCGCAGGCGCCUGCACCAAGCCGAUUCGCGACAGCAGCUCCUACAUGGUGGACAGCGUGGGCGCCAUCAGCAGAUGCAGCAUAUGGACAAAGGCGUUCUGGAACGCCGAGCAGCAGGCGACAUUAGCAGUGCUUACUUGUAUAUGGGAGGUGGCGGUCGGCGUGUUCCGGUUCUGCGGUUGCCUGCUUGUGGGCAGUGGGACGUCGCUGUUUCCGGCAUGUUCGGGCGCCAGCUGCUUGUUGCCGAUUCACACAAUCAGCGUGUUUGCCUUGCUGGCUUUGCGAGAGGCCGGGUAUGUGGUGCACAAUGCCCGGGCGUGGUAUGCAACUGUGGUGCGGGAGCGCAGGCGCGGGCCGUAUAUGGUGGCCAGGACGGCUGGACGCAACACACGGAAGAUCACGGUCACCAGCGAAUUGACUGCGGCCAGCGAUGCUGAGAGCAGCGAUGACGGCAAGGCAGAUCCGGGCAGUAGGGCAGCAUAUGCACGGCGCGUGUGCUUUUUGUGCUUGAGCGGGUACUGCGAGCGGUGUCUCCUGUCGAUGGAGAUCUGGCCCACCGGCAACCCCGGCAACCAUAGCCACCCCCAGUCGGCCCAAGGCGAGGCUGGCAGCAGCGGGCAUCAGCGCGAGGGGAGCGUCAGUGGCUCGGACCACGGCUCGUUGAUGGUGCGGCGCAAAGGACUGCGUGGACCCACAGCUGGCGGAUCGGCAGGACCCGGCAAGGGUGGAAAGCCAGCACCGGUCGCUAUCCCGACCAGCGACCCGCUGGCGGUGGAGCCGGCCAAUGGCCUUCCACCGCUGCGCGACUCGCUUUUGAGUCUCGGGCUUCUGAACCCCGCGCUCAAUGCGCCGACAGCUCCCCUGCUGGCUGCCUCCGGGGGCAGCAAGCGCGCCAAGGCAUUGGAUGCAUGGGUCGUCUCGAGCGUCGCCCACUGCCCCUGCCGGUCAGUACAUGGCGUUGGCCCCUCGGCGUUUGUAUCUCGCACGGCGCGGCAGGACAAGCAGCACGAGUUUUCCUCUCCUAUCGGCACUCUGCUGCCGUUGGUGCAGUAUGUCAGGGAACUGAAGAGCCUGGGGCUGGUGCGACCUGUAGAUCCGGCAUCGGUGGUGUUUGCCGACGAGGAUCCGGCGUCGUCGGUCCUGCCGCUGAUCUUUGGCCGGUUCACUGUGCCUGCGAACCCGCGCGCUGUGGCUGCUGCCAACGCGCUGCUAGCAUCGUCGGCGACCUCGUAUGCGCAGCUGGCCCAGCCCACAGCCAACGGCCACACGCCCGGCAGCAGGCCGUUCAUUGGCGCUCCCGCCGGUGGCCACGGAAACGCCGACAGCGGGCAGGUCAGCUAUCGGCCCGCGCGGAUUCUGGUCAAGCCGACGCCGCUGGGCUCUGUGCGCGCGCCCACUGCUGGCACAUUCCGCCUGUGCCUGGAGGAUAUUCGCCCGCAGGAAGGUGUGCUGCGCGUGAGCAUUGCGGUGACGCCGGUAUUGGCGCACCUGCUGCUGGCCCAUCCGCGGACUGCUCCCACGGCCUCGGUUUGCGUACCUGCGUCGCUGGUCAGUGCGGUGGCGGCCCGAUCGCGCGCCAUACACUCUGCGAGCUUGCCGCUAGCCAAACUCCCCGCGUCAUCGGCGAGUGAUGUGGCGGAUCCGCAGUUUGACUACACGCGGGUGCAGCUGGCACGGUCUGACGUCGUGGUUCGUGUCGAUGGCGUGCGCUGGGCCGAUGUAGAGCUAGGGGCGUCCUUGAACCACGCGAUUCUGGUGCGCGGGCUGGCCGUCAACGCAACGUACACUAUCUGCGUGACCGUUUGUGGCAUGCGCAGCGAGGAACUGCGUGUGGUUUUGCCCUCGGAAGAAUCUGUCCUGGCCAAGGAGCAGCGCGCCGAGCAGACCCUGCAGGCUCUGUACGUCAGUCGGCUCGAGGACGUCGAGCGGGCCCGGGCAGCUGCUGUCCAGCGGCUGCGGAAGCUGAAGCGCGAGCUGCCCAAGCAGAUUGCGCACUGGGAGAGCGAGCUCGAGUCGGUGCGGCGCGCGAUCGUCCGCCAGACGCAAGCCGAGCAGCGGUUCCGCAAGCGGCACGGUCAGCUCGAGGAAACUAUUGCGCAGCUUAACCGCGAGGUCGAGGAGCUCAACCAGGCGCUGCAAGAGGCCGAGCCUGACGACGCUACCGGCGUGGCUGAUGACACGGAUUCCACGGUUGUCGCGCAGCAGCCGGCCGGCGUCUUUGCCGUGCUGUCUGCGCUCGACGACGAGUCGACGCCGGAGGUUUCCCCGAAGCACUCGCGCCGCACUUCCUCCUCAUCAUCGGGGUCUGUCGAGGCUGUGCGUGUCCAGCUUGCCCAGGCGCUCAGCCAGCUGCGCCAUGUUGAGCACCUGGUCAGACGCGCCCAGGAUAUGCACGAGGACUCGCUGCAGGAGCUCAAGCAGGAGCGCGCACGGUGGAUUUCGGGCUUGGCCAAGAUCAACCAAAAGAUCGAGCCUGCUGAUCGCGCCUUGGAGCCCGUGCGCAGGGAUCUUAAGGAGGUGUCCAAAAGACUGAUGGUUGGCAAGUCCGUCCAGGGCAAGCUGGAGAGGCAGCUCGGCCAGAUCGACUCCAAGGAUACUGAUGGACGCAGUGACAAGACGGCCGCUUUGGCCGACCGUCUGGCGAAGAUCCGCGAGGCACUCGCAAACGAGAAACUAUCCAUUCGGCAGCUUUCGGCUGGGUUGCAAUAA